UCAGCAGGAAGUAUUUUUUCAGUGUAAAGUGCUUGUGCUCUUAGUGUCUGGUUGUAAUGUAAUGUGUUGUAGAGGUGUGUGCAUUAACGUUUAAGAGAUUACAUGCAAAUUAAUUUACGUUUCAAAUAUAAAUGGUUUUAGAGCAUACAUGACGUCAGAGUAGCUUUUUGUGGAGGGACUACAGAAACCACAGUGCAUUGCCUUACAGCCCAACCAAACAUGUAUCCCACGUCUGUAAUUAUUUAACUGAUGAAUUCUACAUGUAAUUUGUGUUAAAUGUCACUUGACAUGUAUCGGCUCGAAUGGUAGCUUAUAAUAAGCGCUCUUUUGUGCCUCACGUCAAGCAGCGUAGUAACGUUUAGCUUGCUAGCUAACGAGCUAGCUAGCUAGCGAGCGAGCAAGCAAGCAAGCUGUCUGACUGGCGGCGAUUCUUGUAUAAAUGUGAAGGCAGUAACGUUUGCUACUAGCUAAAUCUUACCAAGCUAGCAGGCUAUUAGCAAUAGCUCACUAGCUUGCUAGCUACAUAGUUGCGCCUUAUUUUUUUUUUUAAGAAAAGGGGGACAUGAACGCACAGCGAAAGUAGCUACAUCCAGAGCAAGACAGCAGGAGACAAAUCGAGUUUCCAAAGCCAGCUAAUAAGGCCAGGCGGUGAACUCAGGAACACGUUUUAUCCCCGCCACGACAUAUCUGCUGGAAGCACAGACCCGAACUCAUAAUGUCAUUAUCUACUUCGUACUGUCCUGUCCUGGGUGCAACUCCUAGUGUAAGGCCACGAUAGUAAAGGGAGGAGGCCACGUACAGCAUCAAACGCCAUGAAUCUACACCAAGUCCUUACAGGGGCUGUCAACCCGGGAGACAACUGUUUCGCUGUAGGACACAUAAACGAUGAGCCUUUCACGGCGUAUGCUUCUGGCUGUGACAUUGUGAUCUUGGGCAGUGAUUUUGAGAGGCUGCAGAUCAUUCCAGGGGCGAAACACGGGAACAUCCAAGUGGGCUGUGUGGACUGCUCGCUGCGGGGGGGCCAGGUGGCAGCCUCCUAUGGGAACGUCGUGUGUGUGUUUGAACCUGUUCGCCUCUUGAAUCCGAAGGAAAAGGCAGCGGCGAAGUUGAACUACCAGUGGCAGAAAUGCGGGCAGUUUGUUUUGCAGUCAGCAGCGCAAAACCUAGCGUGGGAUCCCACAGGGAACCGUCUCUUAACCGGGUCAGCGAGCCUGCAGUUAUGGUCCCACGUCAGCUCCAGCAUGGACCCCGAGGAUGAGCAGCGGGUAGAAAUGACCAUCGGAGCUCACCCGCCGUCAUGGAGAUGUAUCUGGGAAUGCAAAACCGCGUCGUCCAUACACCUCAUGAAGUUUUCUCCUGGGGGCGAGUUCUUUGCCACAGCUGGUCAGGAGGACUGCCUGGUGAAGGUGUGGUACAGCACCAGCCGGUGGCAGGCGGGGACCACCUCGCUCUUCACCCCGCCCGAGCAGUCGUCCCAGGGGGAGCUGGACUUCUCCUUCGUCUACCUGGCCCACCCGCGCUCCGUCACCGGCUUCUCCUGGAGGAAGAGCAGCAAGUACAUGCCCAGGGGCGCGGUGUGCAACGUGCUGCUGACGUGCUGCAAGGACAGCGUGUGCCGCCUGUGGGCGGAGACCCUCCUCCCCAGCGACAGCCUGCUGUCCGGCUACGGCCGCGUCCACGGCAACGGGGAGUCGCUCCGGCCCGGCGAUGUCAGGAGGCCGUCCUCCAGCGGCAAGACGCAGGGCAGGGCCCCCACGGAGCUGCACCUGAAGGAGGCUUGGAAAGGACCGGCUCGGCAUUUGGCCCAACCCUCGCACACGGGGUUCCUCCCACACCAGCGGGACCGGCACCACGCUCACCGAGUCAACGCCGUUCCACACGCAAACGCACUGUGCCACUUCCACAUCGCUGCUAGCAUCAACCCCGCCACAGACAUUCCCCUCCUCCCCUCCAUCUCCUCGCUGAGCUCGACGGACGAGGAGGAGCCUGGAGGUCCCUUCACCGUCCACUGGCUCAACAACAAGGAGCUGCACCUCACCCUGGCCAUGGAGGUCUUCAUUCAGCAGCUGAGGAGCAGCCUGGAGCAGCAGUCUCCCGAGCAGGCUGCCCAGUCGGACGAGGAAACCGGAUUUGACGAAGAGGAUCGGGCGUCUUCCCCCGGGAAGCGGCCGGGAGGGGGUGUGGCAGAGGCGGGCGGGGUCCAGCUUCCCGCCGCCGCGGUGGACCACCAGGUGGAGGUGCUCCUGGAAGACUGGAACAAAGGCGCCGACAUGCUGUUCAGCAUCCACCCCAUGGACGGCUCUCUGCUGGUCUGGCACGUGGACUGGCUGGACGAGUACCAGCCCGGAAUGUUCCGGCAGGUGCAGGUGUCGUUCGUGUCGCGGAUUCCCGUGGCCUUCCCCACGGGCGACGCCAACUCGCUGAGCCGCAGCGUGGUCAUGUACGCCUGCAACAAGAACGUGGACCUGGCCAUCCGGCAGGGCCGGCAGCGGCCCCCCGCCCUGGCCCACUCCCCGUCCGCGCCCAUCGCCUUCGGCCACGGCCGGGGCCCCGGGGGCCCGCGGCUGAGCGUCUUCACCCCCAACGUGCUGAUGAUCUCCAAGCACGCCGACGGCUCGCUCAACCAGUGGGCGGUGGGCUUCGCCGAGGAGUCGGCCUUCUCCACCGUGCUCAGCGUCUCGCACAAGUCCCGCUACUGCGGCCACCGCUUCCACCUCAACGACCUGGCCUGCCAUUCGCUGCUGCCGCUGCUGCUCACCACCUCGCACCACAACGCGCUCCGCACGCCCGACGCCGACCUCGCCCGCGGCCGCCCCCCCGCCCCCGCCCCGCUCGCCGGCCGGGCGUCCCUGGGCGCCAUGUCCCAGGACCCCAGCGCCAUCUACAGCGAGCUCAUCCUGUGGAGGGUGGACCCCGUGGGGCCCCUGUCCUUCUCCGGUGGCGUGUCAGAGCUGGCCAGGAUCAACUCGCUGCACGCUUCCGCCUUCUCCAACGUGGCCUGGCUUCCCACGCUCAUCCCCAGCAACUGCCUGGGUGUCUAUGGCAACUCACCAAGUGCCUGCUUUGUGGCCAGUGAUGGCCAUUCACUGAGGUUGUACCAGGCUGUCAUCGAGGCCAAGAAGCUCCUGAGUGAGCUCUCCAACCCUGAAAUUUCAAAAUAUGUUGGUGAAGUAUUUAAUAUUAUCAGUCAGCAAUCCACUGCAAGACCGGGCUGUAUUAUCGAGCUGGAUGCCAUCACUGAGUUUCAGGGCAAGGAAACCCAGCUGCUGCACGUGUUUGAGGAGGACCUGAUUCUGGGAGGCGAGAAGGACCCCACACAGGACAUCCCACCCACGGAGACGGCCGACAGCCAGCAGGGCUUCUCGGCCCGGUUCUUCCUGGUGGUGCUGGAGUACGCCGAGAGCGGGGCGUCCCUCCUGCACAUGUGGCGCCUUCAGCUGGACGCCCUCCAGGUCACUGUGGAUGAAACUCCGACGGACGUGUCUGCGCCUCAGAACCAUUUUGGCUUGUUCCCAGACUCCCAGGGCGCCCCAGGCCCGCCGCGGCCCAGACGUCGCACCUCCAACCUCCAGAGUGCCUGCCGCCUUGCGCUGGCCAGCCACAGGGUGUACAGCCAAGAGCUGGGGCUCCCUGAGGGCGUGGAGGUCGUUCGGGUCACCCCCUCAGCAGGGCAUCUAAGCUCCUCCUCCCUGCAGCCGGCAGGGCGGGCUCCCUACCUCCUGGCCACUUCCUGUUCGGACGGGAAGGUGCGGUUCUGGCGAUGCCAGACCACGGCGGAACCGGAUGCCCCGGGCGAGGCGGCGUACUCCUGGGAGGAGUGGCCGCUUCUGGUGGAGGAGGGGCGGCCCAACAGCAGCGCCGUGAGCGUCCCGGGGCGGCCCGAGGAGGUCAGCUGCUGCCACACCAGCCGCAUGGCGGUGGCCUACAGGCAGGAGCGCCCCCUGCAUGCCGGCGCCGGCCUGUCCACCCACGUGGCCGUAUUCCAGUGCGAGGCCACGGGCGGCUCCCAGUGGGCCCUGGAGCAGACGCUCAGCCUGGACGAUGUGAGCCUGAAGGACGCGCUCGACGCCGAUUGGCCGGGGCCGGGCUCGAAAUCCCCGGUGCACCUGGACUGGGUCUCGAGGGAGGACGGGUCCCACAUCCUGACGGUGGGCAUGGGCUCCAGGCUGCAGAUGUACGGGCUCCUCUCGGGGAAGCCGGCCGAGCUGGGCCUGAGCGAGGGCGCGCGCGAGCAAUCCUCCCGGCUGGUGCUCCUCCGCUCGGUGGACCUGGUGUCGUCGGUGGAGGGCGCCCGCCCCGUGCCCGUCUCCCUCUCCUGGGUGCGGGACGGCAUCCUGGUGGUGGGCAUGGACUGCGAGAUGCACGUGUACUCCCAGUGGCAGCCGCCGCCGCCCGCCAAGCCCCCGGAGGCCGACGCGGACGCGGGGAGCGUGAGCUCCCUGACCGGGGCGGUCAAGCGGACGCAGGGGGACGGGCGGAGCCUCGCCCCGCCGCCCAAAAAGACCCUGACCCGCUCCAUGACCAGCCUGGCUCAGAAGCUGAGCGGGAAGCGGACGGCCUACGACCUCCCGGCGGAGAUGGAGGACUCGGGGCUGUUCGAGGCGGCGCACCACCUCUUCCCCACCCUCCCGCAGUACCACCCCUACCAGCUGCUGGAGCUGAUGGACCUGGGCAAGGUGCGGCGCGCCAAGGCCAUCCUCUCCCACCUGGUCAAGUGCAUCGCCGGCGAGAUCGUGGCCCUCAAGGACGACGCGGGCAACCACGAGCGCCGCCUCCGCUCCCUCACCAUCAGCGCCAGCGGGAGCACGGCGCGCGACCCCAAGAUGUUCGGCAAGGGCGAGAACCCCGACUACACCGAGAUCGACUCCGUCCCGCCCCUGCCUCUCUACGCCCUCCUGGCGGCCGACGAGGACUCCGCCCCCAAGGCCAAGGACAAGACGUCCAGCAUGGGCGGGGACAGCGGGCACGGCUCCAGCCAGACCGACGCCUACGACGAGCUCUUCCAGGCCGCGGGGACCACCCCCGGGGAGACGGACCCCCUGGACAGCGACCAGGAGGAGGACGCGCCCAAGGUCAUCGACCUCUCCCAGUACAGCCCCACGUUUUUCGGGCCGGAGCACGCCCAGGUCCUCUCCAGCCACCUCCUGCACUCCAGCCUCCCCGGCCUGACCCGAAUGGAGCAGAUGUCCCUGAUGGCCCUGGCCGACACCAUCGCCACCACCAGCACGGACAUCGGCGAAAGCCAAGGCAAGGGUCAAGGUGGAGAGACCCUGGACGAGUGCGGCUUGAAGUUCCUCCUCGCCGUGCGUCUCCACACCUUCCUGUCGACCUCCCUGCCCCCGGCACAUCGAGCCCAGCUGCUCCGCCAAGGACUCUCCACGUGCCACUUCGCCUGGGCCUUCCACUCCGAGGCGGAGGAGGAGCUGCUGAACACGCUGCCGGCCCUGCAGAAGGAGGACCCGUCCUGGCCCGAGCUGCGCGCCAUGGGGCUGGGCUGGUGGCUGCGCAGCACCCACAAACUGCGCCGCUGCAUGGAGAGGGUGGCUAAGGCGGCUUUUCAGAGGAACAACGAUCCGUUGGAUGCUGCUAUUUAUUACCUCGCGAUGAAAAAGAAGGCUGUGGUUUGGGGAUUGUACAGGGCCCAGAGGAACGUGAAGAUGACCGCGUUCUUCAACAACAACUUCGGCGAGGACCGGUGGAGGCGGGCGGCCCUGAAGAACGCCUUCUCGCUCCUGGGGAAGCAGCGCUUUCACCACUCCGCCGCCUUCUUCCUGCUGGCGGGAUCCCUGAAGGACGCGGUCGAGGUUUGCCUUGAGAAGAUGCAGGACCUCCAGCUGGCCCUGGUCAUCUCCCGGCUGUACGAGUCCGAGUUCGAGACCGCCUCCACUUACAAGCACAUCCUCCAGCGCCGGGUGUUGGGCCAGGACACCCAGGCCCACCAGGACCCCUUCCAGCGGAGCAUGGCUCACUGGAUCCUGGAGGACUACAGCCGGGCCUUGGACACUCUGCUGGAGCAGCCCAGUCCGGAACCGGACACGGGUGCCCCCGACACGUCUCCUGGCCACCCUGAGGUGUUCAGCUUCUACACCUACCUCCGCACGCACCCCCUGCUGCUACGGCGCCAUUUCGGCUCCUCGGAGAAGGCGUCCGGGAAAGUCGGCCUGACCGCGGAGAGCCGGCGCCUGGCCGACUCCAUCAACCUGGUGGAGAGGAGGCUGUUCUUCACCGCCGCCUACGCGCACUUCCAGGCCGGGUGCCCCAUGCUGGCCCUGGAGGUCCUCUCCAAAAUGCCCAAGGUGGUGAAGAGGUCCAGGCCGCAGACGGGUCAGGGCAACCCGACCGCCCCCGUCACCCCCACCGAGGUCAAACCGGACCGGGCCUCCGACCUGGACUGGUCCCAGCCCGUGGUCAACGGGUACGAGUCGGCCUGCAACAGCCUGUCCAACAGCCAGUCGGACUCGGUGCUGAGCUUCGACUGGAGCCAGCCCUCGCUGGCCCUCCCGGGCGAGCCCCUGGAGCUGAAGUGGGACAGCGACAAGGAGGACUCCGAGUCCGAGUCCGAGUCGGGCCUGGCCAUGAAGAACCUCAGCGCGGAGAACGACGGCGUCUUCAGGGGCACGCCCGACACCACGGCCUCCCCGUCGGAGAGCCCGGAGGAGGAGGAAGCCAUCGGCCCCUCCGAGGACAUCCUGACGGCCCAGCUCAAGUUCAGCGCCUGCCUGAAGAUCCUCACCACCGAGCUGCGCACGCUCUCCACGGGCUACGAGCUGGACGGCGGGAAGCUGCGGCAUCAGCUCUGCCAUUGGCUGGAGCGGGAGGUGGCGGCGCUGCAGACCAGCUGCGGCUACAACCCCGGCCUGCAGGAGGCGCCAGAGGGCAUCGGCGGGGAGGCGGCCGGGGAGAGGAGGCGCAGGCGCUGGCUGCGCAGGAACCAGCCCCUCCUGCGCAUGUUCCUCAGCUACUGCAGCCUGCACGGCUCCCACGGGGGCGGCCUGGCCUCCGUGCGCAUGGAGCUCAUCCUCCUGCUGCAGGAGUCCCAGCAGGACAACGGCUCCCAGGCCACGGUCAGUCCCUCCCAGCAGCAGCUGCAGGCCUCUAUCCCGCUCCUGUUGGCCUGUACGGCCAGCGCCAAGACCGUGGUGACCAAUCCCAUAGUGCACCUGACCAACCUCACCCACGACAUCCUGCACACCGUCAACGCCCUGGACUCGCCCCCGCACCCGGACGUCGUCAACAACAAGAUCUACGUCAUGCACACGCUAGCGGCGUCCCUCUCCGCCUGCAUCUACCAGUGCCUCUGCGACGGCCACAGCUUCAGUCAUGUGAACCAGUUUACCGGGAUCGUGUACCAGAGCUCCCUGCUCUCCCUGCAGCAUCCGGCCAGAACCGUCAGCAUGGAGGAGACGGUCUUACCCAACACCUCCCCCGCUCAGUGGCCAGGCAUCGGGGCGUUGGUGCGCCUGCUGAACUCGGCGGGGGAGGAGAAGCAGCCGGGCCUGACGGUGCUGCUGUGUGAGAUCCUGACGGCGGUGCUGCUCAGCCUGUUCGUGCACGGCCUGGCCACCCACUCCAGCAACCAGCUCUUCCGCAUCGCCGCCCACCCGCUCAACAGCAAGCUGUGGGUGGCCGUGUUCGGCGGGGGCGCCCGCGUCGAGAAGCACGGCCCCGUCAAACAAGCCUCAGUGUCAUCCCAGGAAGAGUCGGACAGGAAGCCCAAACGCUUCAGGCUGCUGCAGUCAUCAAGGACCCAGUCCAGAGACAGUCCUCAGACGCCUCCCUCUAGCCCUGUCGUGGAGCAGGAGACCUCUAUCUUCAAGGAGGACUUCGUCCCCCCGGAACUCAGUAUCUGGGACUACUUUAUCGCCAAGCCCUUCCUGCCGCCCUCGGAAAGCCGGGUGGAGUACGACUCCGAGGAGAGCCAGGGCAGCGAUGAGGAAGACGAGGAAGAGGAAGAGGACGUGGGCGGCUCUUCGGACUCGGACGCGCCUCUCCGCGAGCACGCCAACCCCAGCUCUUACAGCUGGUGUCUGAUGCGAUUGGCCAUGGUCCAGAUGGUGCUGUUCAACCUCAAGUCAUUCUACCCAAUGGCAGGCCACGACCUCUUAGACCUGCCGGUGGGCUCUCCGCUCUGUUACUCCGUGCUGAAGACCCUCCAGCGCUGGGAGCAGGUGCUGCUGAAGAGGCUGGAGAUUUUCGGGGGGCCUCCCCCUAAAUACAUGGCGACCCACCCCCUGGACGACAGCCUGGCCUCAGGCCCCGCCCUCCUCCGCCACAAGGCCCUGUUCGAGCCGUCCAACACACCCUUCAGGUCCAGCCACCACUCCGCCCUCCCCGUACGGCGCCUGUGGCAGUACCUGGUGAAGCAGGAGCAGAUCCAAGAGACCUUCAUCCGCAACAUCUUCACCAAGAAACGGGACCAGAACGAGUUGGUUGAAGAUGGCAAUGAAAAUGUCAAAUAUUCUGUGAUGGAGGAACCUAGCUACAACCAGAUAGAGGCAGAUCUGGGCUACCCUGGGGGAAAGGCCCGAAUCAUCCACAAAGAGUCUGACAUCAUCACAGCCUUCGCCAUCAACAAGGCCAACCGCAAUUGCUUGGUCAUCGCUUCGACCCACGACAUCCAGGAGCUGGACGUGUCCUCCAUCCUGGCCACUCAGAUCCUGACGUGGAUCGACGACGAGACCGAGUCCGAGGCCAAAGGGGGGGACGAGUUCCUGGUGAUACACACGCGGGAGGACUUCAACACGGCGCACGGCACCACGCCGUACACGCACAGCAGUCUGGGGACGCCCAUCAACAUGCCCUGGCUGGGCAGCCUCCAGACGGGCCGGGGGGCCUCCGUGCUAAUCAAACGGAACAUAAACAACGUGAGACGGAUGACCUCCCAUCCAACAUUGCCGUACUACCUGACGGGGGCUCAGGACGGCAGUGUGCGGAUGUUUGAGUGGGGUCACUCCCAGCAGAUCAUCUGCUUCAGGAGCCCCGGCAACUCCAGAGUCACCCGCAUCCGCUUCAACUACCAGGGCAACAAAUUUGGCAUCGUGGACGCAGACGGAGCCCUGAGCCUUUGGCAGACCAACACGACAGGAAACGCACCCAAGCCCUACCUGACCUUGCAGUGUCACAACAAGACGGCGCACGACUUCGUGUUCGUGGGGUCGUCCUCUCUCAUCGCCACGGCGGGCCUGUCGACAGACAACAGGAACGUGUGUCUGUGGGACACUCUGGUGACUCCUGUCAACAGCCUCGUCCACGCGUUUAACUGCCACGAGACCGGGGCCACGGUGCUGGCGCUCGCCCCCAAGCAGCAGCUGCUGAUCUCCGGGGGGCGGAAGGGCUGGAUCUGCGUGCUGGACCUGGCCCAGCGCUCCCAGCGCCAGAGCUUCCAGGCCCACGACUCGCCCGUCAAGGCGCUGGCCGUCGACCCCACGGAGGGCUGCUUCAUCAGCGGCUCGGCCGAGGGCAACAUCAAGAUCUGGAGCCUGUUCACCCACGGCCUGCUGCACACCUUCCCCAACGAGCACGCGCGCCAGUCCAUCUUCAGGAACCUGGGCACGGGCGUCAUGCAGAUCGAGGCCGGCCCGGCCAAUCACGUCUUCUCCUGCGGCGCCGAUGGCACCAUGAAGAUGCGCGUCCUGCCCGACCGCUUCAGCAGCAGCUGGAGGAGCGACGCCCGGCUCGUCCUAUAGCGGCCGGGCCUGGAGGAGCGACGCCAGGCUCGUCCUAUAGCGGCCGGGUGGGGGCGGGC